AAAAGAACAAUUAGGGUUUGGAUUUCGGGAGAAAGAGGGAGAAAGAGGGAGUAAUAAUGUAAGCGCCGGCUGAUUGUUCUUCGAUUUGGGUUAGGGUUUGGAUAUGUCGGUGGCGGAGCUGAGAGAGCGCCAUUUGGCGGCGACGGAGACCGUGAAUUCUCUGAGAGAGCAGUUGAAGCGAAGGAGGCAGCUUCUUCUCGAUACUGAUGUCGCUACGUAUGCGAGGAGCCAUGGGAAGACGGCGAUUAACUUUAGUUCGACGGAUCUGGUGUGCUGUAGGAUUCUGCAGGGUCAUACGGGGAAGGUGUAUUCACUGGACUGGACUCCUGAACGAAAUCGCAUAGUAAGUGCUUCUCAAGACGGGAGGUUAAUCGUAUGGAAUGCUUUGACGAGCCAGAAGACACAUGCGAUAAAGCUUCCUUGUGCAUGGGUCAUGACAUGCGCCUUUUCUCCUAAUGGUCAAUCUGUUGCUUGUGGUGGUCUUGAUAGUGCAUGUUCUAUAUUUAAUCUUAAUUCUCCAACUGACAGAGAAGGCAAUUUACCAACAUCCAGAAUACUGACUGGCCACAAGGGCUAUGUUUCGUCCUGUCAAUAUGUCCCUGAUCAGGACAACCACCUUAUCACUUGCUCAGGUGAUCAGACAUGUGGUUUAUGGGAUGUCUCUACUGGCCAGAGGAUCUCUGUAUUUGGUGGGGAAUUUCCAUCAGGACACACUGCUGAUGUGCUCAGUGUCUCGAUCAACAGCUCAAACUCGAACACGUUUGUCUCUGGUUCGUGUGAUGCAACUGCACGUUUAUGGGAUACAAGGAUAGCUAGUAGAGCUGUUCGGACGUAUCAUGGUCAUGAGGGGGAUGUUAAUGCUGUCAAGUUCUUUCCAGAUGGGCAAAGAUUUGGAACUGGCUCUGAUGAUGGUACGUGUAGGCUAUUCGACAUGAGGACAGGGCAUCAACUUCAGGUUUAUGGUCGGCGGCAUGAAGAUAAUGAUAAUGAUGCCCCCAUCGUAACAUCUAUUGCCUUCUCUAUAUCAGGAAGACUUCUUUUUGCUGGAUAUUCGAAUGGUGACUGUUAUGUAUGGGACACAUUAGUUGCUGAGGUAGUCUUGAACUUGGGAUCCCUGCAAAACUCACACGAAGGUAGAAUAAGUUGCCUGGGUCUUUCGCCGGAUGGCAGUGCCUUGUGCACAGGAAGUUGGGAUAAGAACCUCAAGAAAAAGAAAAUGUCAUCACCCGCCAACAGCCCGAGCGCCCAAGAGCCCUCUCCCAAGCUCCCCAAGCUCUCCCACGUCACCAAUGGCGUCGCCAAAGAAAACCCACCUCUGCUCAAGAUCAAGAAACUCUCUGAAAACGCCAUCCUGCCCUCUCGAGCCUCUCCUCUCUCCGCUGGCUAUGACCUCUCCAGCGCUGUGGCGACGAAAGUUCCUGCUCGAGGAAAAGCCCUCGUCCCUACCGAUCUCAGCAUCUCUAUCCCCGAGGGAACCUACGCUCGCGUUGCGUCGAGAUCUGGUUUAGCGUGGAAGCACUCGAUUGAUGUCGGAGCGGGAGUGAUCGAUGCGGACUACCGCGGGCCGUUGGGUGUCAUUCUGUUCAACUUCUCGGACGUGGACUUCGAGGUGAAGGCUGGUGAUAGGAUUGCCCAGUUGAUCAUUGAGAGGAUCAUGACGCCGGAUGUUGUCGAGGUCGAGGACCUGGAUUCGACCGCCAGGGGUGCUGGAGGGUUUGGAUCAACUGGGGUUUGAUUAGGAAAGCGAAAUUUGUAGCGUCUCUCUUCUAUGUAGGAGGGAGAUCAACUAUCAGAACUUUGCUUAUGGCCCUGUGAGUAAAUAGUUUGGGGAUCGCCAUGGAUUAAUGUUGGUACUCUUGUGAGUUUGAUCAGUAAAUUCACGGAAAGGGGGAAACAAACGUCUCGGUAAUUGGUGGUACCUUCUUUUGUGCUCUUGGAUUAAAUUAGUUUUCCUCUAUUGAGGAGUAGGGACCUAAUAAAAGUUUCUCCAAAACUCGUCUGUUUCUUUAA